AUGGCCAGUCUGCUACGUGUGAUUGCAGCUGGCUGUUCGGCCCCGGUUUUAAGUGGCGUGUCCUGUCUGAAACUGCAUAGUUCUCCAGCUAUUAAAACAACGUGCGUGCGAUUUUUCAGGACCCAUCACGCCCUCGGAAGAUGUGCCGCUCCAGGAAUUCCAUACAAGCAACUCACAGUUGGAGUCCCAAAAGAAAUUUUCCAGAAUGAGCGGCGUGUGGCGCUGUCUCCUGCUGGUGUUCAGGCGCUUAUCAAACAAGGCUUCAAUGUCGUUGUGGAGAGUGGUGCAGGAGAGCCCUCAAAGUUCCAAGACGAGCAGUACACCCAAGCUGGAGCUACAAUUAAAGACCUUAAAGAUGUAUUUGCCUCUGAUGUGUUGGUCAAGGUCCGAGCUCCUGUUUUCAACCCGGACUUGGGUAUCCAUGAAGUGGAGCUGAUGAAGGACGCGGCUACUUUGAUUAGCUUCAUCUACCCGGCUCAGAAUCCCGAGCUGAUGGACAUGCUGUCUCAGAAAAAAGCCACCGUCCUGGCUAUGGACCAGGUGCCACGAGUGACUAUCGCCCAAGGUUACGACGCCCUCAGCUCCAUGGCGAAUAUUGCAGGGUAUAAGGCUGUUGUGCUGGCAGCAAACAGCUUUGGUCGCUUUUUCACCGGACAAAUUACAGCAGCCGGGAAGGUGCCACCUGCCAAGGUACUUAUCAUCGGCGGUGGAGUGGCUGGACUAGCUGCAGCUGGCAGUGCCCGAGCCAUGGGAGCCAUAGUGCGAGGCUUUGACACAAGAGCUGAUGCUCUGGAUCAGUUCAAGUCUUUGGGUGCUGAGCCAUUGGAGGUGGACUUCAAGGAGUCUGGAGAGGGCCAAGGUGGCUAUGCCAAGGUCAUGUCAAAAGAGUUCAUCGAGGCUGAGAUGAAACUGUUUGCCAAACAGUGUCAGGAAGUCGAUAUUAUCAUCAGCACCGCGCUCAUUCCCGGUAAGCGGGCCCCCAUUCUUAUAACCAAGCCAAUGAUCGAGAGCAUGAAGGACGGCUCGGUGGUGGUGGACCUGGCCGCUGAGGCGGGAGGAAACAUUGAGACUACAGUACCCGGGGAGCUGUCUGUACACAAUGGCGUGACCCAUAUUGGCUAUACAGAUCUGCCCAGCCGCUUGCCCACACAGUCUAGCACGCUGUACUCUAACAACAUCACAAAGCUGGUGCGUGCCAUCAGUCCCGACAAGGACAACUUUUACCUCGACGUCAAGGACGCGUUUGACUUCGGGACCAUGGAUCACGUUGUCAGAGGUUCUAUUGUUAUGCAGAAUGGAAAGAACCUCUUCCCAGCUCCCCAGCCAAACAAUAUGCCUACCGCCGCUCCUCCGAAGCCCAAAUCUGUCAAGGAGCUGGAGGCCGAGAAGACCCAAAUCUCUCCCUUCAGGGCGACGCUAACAUCUGCUAGCAUGUACACUGGAGGGCUCGGAACAUUGUUGGGUUUGGGUCUCGCGGCUCCCAACGCGGCCUUCACACAGAUGGUCACCACCUUCGGCCUGGCGGGCAUUGUGGGAUACCACACCGUUUGGGGAGUUACCCCAGCACUUCACUCACCACUCAUGUCUGUGACCAAUGCCAUCUCAGGUCUGACUGCCGUUGGUGGUCUUGCCCUAAUGGGAGGUGGCUACACCCCAACAAGCACGGCAGAGACGCUGGCUGUGCUCGCUGCGUUCAUCUCCUCAGUCAACAUAGCUGGUGGUUUCCUGGUGACUCAGAAGAUGUUGGACAUGUUCAAGCGUCCCACCGAUCCCCCGGAGCAUAACUACCUCUAUCUGCUUCCGGCUGGUGUAUUUGUGGGUGGAUACGCUGCGGCCCUGCAUUCGGGAUACAACAUCGAACAGAUGAUGUACUUGGGGUCUGGGAUGUGCUGUGUCGGAGCCCUGGCUGGCCUCUCCAACCAAUCCACAGCCCGGCUGGGUAACACUUUGGGUAUGAUGGGAGUUGCCGGAGGUAUCGCUGCCACUCUGGGCGCACUCAAGCCAAGUCCCGAGCUCUUGACGCAGAUGAGCGCCGCCAUGGCCGUUGGCGGCACUGCCGGUCUGACCAUCGCUAAAAGAAUCCAGAUUACUGACCUGCCCCAGCUAGUGGCCGCUUUCCACAGCCUUGUUGGUUUGGCAGCUGUGCUAACCUGUGUGGCUGAAUACAUGGUGGAAUACCCUCACUUCGCUACGGACCCAGCAGCCAAUCUAACCAAGAUAGUGGCCUACCUUGGCACCUUCAUUGGUGGAGUCACUUUCAGUGGCUCUUUGGUGGCAUAUGGAAAACUGCAAGGUAUGCUAAACAGCGCUCCUCUGAUUCUCCCCGCCCGCCACGCCCUGAACGCCUCUCUGAUGGCCGGCAGCGUCGGCGGCAUGAUUCCCUACAUGCUCGACCCCAGCUACGUCACCGGCAUCACCUGCCUCGGUUCAGUGUCCGCUCUGUCUGCCGUCAUGGGAGUAACCUUAACGGCUGCCAUCGGGGGUGCAGACAUGCCGGUGGUAAUCACCGUGCUGAACAGCUACUCAGGCUGGGCCUUAUGCGCGGAGGGCUUCCUGCUCAACAACAAUCUCCUGACUAUUGUCGGGGCUCUCAUUGGAUCAUCCGGUGCCAUUCUGUCGUACAUCAUGUGUGUGGCCAUGAAUCGCUCGCUGGCGAAUGUGAUCCUUGGAGGCUACGGCACAUCUUCCACCGGUACUGGGAAACCAAUGGAGAUCACAGGGACCCACACUGAGGUCAACGUGGAUCAGACUGUGGACAUGAUUAAGGAGGCCCAGAGCAUCAUCAUCACGCCAGGUUACGGUCUUUGCGCUGCAAAGGCACAGUACCCCAUCGCCGAGUUGGUGAAGAAUCUCAAAGAUGCUGGCAAAGAAGUCCGGUUUGGUAUUCACCCCGUGGCUGGUCGUAUGCCCGGUCAGCUCAACGUGCUGUUGGCCGAAGCUGGCGUCCCUUACGACAUUGUCCUGGAGAUGGAGGAAAUUAACGAAGACUUCCCUGAGACCGAUCUCGUCCUGGUGAUCGGCGCCAAUGACACGGUGAACUCCGCCGCCCAAGAAGACCCUAACUCCAUCAUUGCCGGCAUGCCCGUCCUGGAGGUCUGGAAGGCCAAGCAGGUUGUGGUGAUGAAGCGCUCCCUGGGUGUAGGUUACGCCGCCGUGGACAACCCCAUCUUCUACAAGCCCAACACGGCCAUGUUGCUUGGCGACGCCAAGAAGACAUGCGACGCCCUGCAAGCCAAGGUGCGCGAAGCUCAGUGA